CAACCCCCCUGGUCACCGUAACCGCAGAACCUAGCGAAUACUCUCUAUUAUUAGCGAUCCAUAAGCUAAAAAAGAUGGGCUCUAGCAACAAGAAGAAGAAAGAGAAGAAGAAGGACUUUCAGAAACCCAAGUUGAAAGUUGGGAAACCCAAGCCAAAGGCUUCAAAUUUCACUGAUACCAGCUUCAAAUCCAAGUCAAUUGUGGUCAACCAGCAAACACUUGUGGCCGACGAUUUGGAACCAGCGGAGAAGUUUAAGCAAAACCUAUCACUUGCCAUCACUGCAAAGUCCGACAACCAGAGACGGGAUGCAUUGGCUUACAUUACCAACCAACUUACAGCCAAUCCUCCAAAUAACCCUGUCGGGACUUCAGCGGUUUUGACAAAGUUACUACCCCUAUUGUCUGAUGUGUCAGCGUUGGUACGAACCCAGCUUCUCAAAGUUUUGCGGGCUUUGCCCCCAGCAGAGGUCCGGCCCCACGUAGAGAAGAUUCUCAUGUACAUCCGGGGCGGGAUGACACAUCUUUCCAACGACAUUCGCAGCGACACUUUGAACGUUUUAGAAUGGCUUCUCGAGGUCGCCGGAGACGAGGCGGUCUCCUGCCCCGGCGGUUGGCUGAAGACACUCAACAGCUUCAGCUCCAUGUUGGGCUGGAACCCAAACGUUGGCUCAGCCCUGAACAGCAAGGGGUGGACAUCUUCCUCCAGAGCGACCCUUGGCACCAAGAAAGGACCCGAAGCACAAGCAAGGCAGAUCCAAGUCUUGGCAAAGUUUCUCCAGGUUGGCUUCAAACCGGAGGCGCCAAUGCCGUACAACCCUAUGGCAUAUUGGGACAAUAUUUACCGUCUCCCGGGUACGCCCAACCCCUUCGCCUAUCUCAACCUCUUCGGAACACCUCGAGACGAGGACAGCGAGAUGUAUCCCGACCGUGUUUCGCGGCAACGCAUAUUUGACGCUAAAUGGCGAGCGGCCAUAUCCACGGGGAUGGAGAGGGCGAAGAAGGAGGGCGGUACUGUCGGGAGGGCCGCAGCCACACUGGACAGGGCAUUGGCUGCUGGUCUUCAAUGAGGGGUAACUAGAAAGAGGGUCAUGGCGUUUCGGGCGUUCGGUAUGGGUUAGUUGUCAUUACGAGGGCGUUUUGUGUUUUGUGAAGGCUCACUGUAUGUUUUAUCCCCUAGAGUCCUAGAACGAACAGUGCAGAAUGGGGUUCGGGCCCUGCGAUCAGUUUAAUCCGUCCAUGGGCAUCGGCUGAUCAUGUUUUGGCAGCUGGUGCUGUUCCUUUGUUUAACUUAGUGCUCUCGGUGAGUCUUUCUGGCUUGAUUCUAGAACUGUUCCGCCCCGAGAUUUCGUGAAUGCUUCCCCAUAGACGGAAGCACAUUCCACGGCCG